AUGGAUAAUUCUUAAAAUUUGCUAUCUCUCUUAGAAAAUAUUAAUCAUGAUGUUGGAUAUGAGAAGAUUCGAAAAUAUGGCAGAACAAAUGGAUUUCAUAAUAUGUAUAUUUGCUUCAAUGCUACUACAAUAGAUAUUUUAGAUAAUAAAUCUGGUCCAAAUUAUUAGGAGUAGAUUAACAAUUACCAUAUUAUGAAAGAGAAAAGUGUCUCUAACAUGAUUAGCUAUUGAAAGAUGUUAAUCGAUCAUUAAAUACUAUAUCACAAGUCAAAAACUUUAAAGAAAUGUAUACAUAAUUUAUUAAAAUCUAGUGAUCAAUUAAGAAAAUGUUUAAUGGAAGUUUUAGACACCAUAUUCAGCUAACAUCCUAAUUAUUCUUAUUAUCAAGGUUAUCAUGAUAUAGCUUCAAUUUUUAUUCUUGUCUUAGGAGUUGAAUAAGGUUACAUUGCAGCCACUUAUGCAGCCUAAAAUUUCUUCAAAGACUAUUUAGAUUAAGAAUUAUCUACUACAAUCACUCCAUAAUAUUUAUUUAUUAGAAAUCUAUUGUUAAGAUAUUCAAGAGAUACUUCAAAUAUUAAACUCAGAUAAUUGAUGUUAAAUAUUGAACAUCCCACUUGUGUCAUUCCAUGGAUUCUAACAUGGUUCUCUCAUUCAUUAGACAAUAUCAAUGAUAUCUGUAGAAUAUGGGAUUUCCUAUUAUGUUCUAAAUAAAAUACUAUCUUAUAUCUUUGUGCUGCCUUUAUUGCCAUUCAUCACUAAGUUUUAGAUAUGAGAAAUGAAGAUGAUCUUAUUGGAGAAUUUUAAGAGUUUUUUUAAAAUCUGAAUAAUAAAGAAAGAAUCUAAGACCUUAAAUUAGAAUAAGUGUUGUAAUUGACAAAAACUCUAGAAACUUAAUAUGGAUUUGAACUUAUUUGCGAAUAAGAACAUAUUUAAUUUUCUUAAAAGUUUUUUUAUUAAACUUAUUAUUAGCUCUAUUGUUUAUUAGCAUAAUUUCAAAUCUUAAUUACCAUAUUACAAUUCCUUAGCUUAAUUAGAAAAAUCAAUACCUAAAAAAGUAUUCAAUUUCAUCAACGACAAAUAAGAUAUUAUACUGAAUUUAGGUGGAAUUGCUUUAAGUUAUCUUAUACAAUUUUAUAUAGUUAAAAAUUGA